AAUCUCCUGGCGGCUCUAAACUGAGCUCCGAACUGCGGAACUCAAGUUUUGCUGUCUUCGGGAGCUGCCGGAAGGAUCUGGGAGCACCAGAGAAAAUCUUUAUCUGCCGCGGCUGUCACUUUGGGUGUCAUCCUGGAGGUUCCUUUUUUCCGUUUGAACGGAACUGAGUAAGAAGCUGAGAUGCGGCUGGCAAUGGGUCCCCAGACUCUGCAGAACUUACAGCAACUGUUGAAGGCGAUCUUGGACACUCGUUGCUUUGAUAGAGUUUUAGAAAAGGUUACUCUUCUUUCUGCAAGUCCUGGAAAGGUGGUUUGUGAAAUGAAAGUUGAAGAAGAGCAUACCAAUAAGUUGGGCACUCUACAUGGUGGUCUUACAGCAACUCUGGUAGAUGUUAUAUCUACAAUAGCUUUUAUCAAUACAGAAAGGGGAGCAGCUGGAGUCAGUGUGGACAUGAACAUAACGUACUUGUCCCCGGCUAAGCUAGGAGAAGAAAUAUUGAUUGCUGCUCAUGUUCUGAAGCAAGGAAAAACUCUUGGCUUUGCAAGUGUGGACCUGACAAACAAGAUCACAGGAAAGUUGGUAGCACAAGGCAGACAUACAAAACAUCUAGGAAGCUAAAAAAAAAAAAAAAGCAAAAUUUUCUCAAUAUUUUGCUCUUCAAGAAGCAACUGAUCAUAAUGUCAUUGUAUUUGCAUUUGAACAAAUAACUUACUUUUGAAAGCUUAAUUUUGAAAAUAAAUUUGGUUGUUACAUUCUGGGGAAA